AGAACCGGUGAACCGCUUCACUGAAACGAACUGUCCGAAAGAACCGGUUCGCUGAAAAGAACCGGACUUCCCAUCACUACCGGACAGCACGCUCAGACCGGAAGUUGCGCAAAGACCCGCUCUGAAACGGUUAAGGCUAGAAGGGAUACGCAUGCUGCCACUGGGCAUGCGCACAUCAAUAUAGCGUAAUUUUUGUCACACUGUAGAACAGCAAUUACUAUUUUUGCAUUCUUGUAAGGGGUAGGUUUAGGGUUGGAGUAGGUGUAGACGUUAAUAAAACACAAUCUAAUAGGUAGAAAAUUCCAUUUCAUUGUCAGUUUCCGGUCGGAGCUGUAUCCCUUCUAGCCGUAACCCUCUGGAACGGUUACAGCAGUGCGCGCUGCGGGUCUGCAGCAUACCAUCAGCUCCGUGCACACAUCAAGCUCUCUCUCUCUCUGACAUGCAGCUUAUAGUCGCGUCGAGGCGUCUUGCUCGUGUCCUCCAGCUCCUUCAGCUGGUUUAGUAAUGGCGUCGACGCUCGGCUGGCUUGGAUAGGUGGGCUGCUCAUAUGGCUUUUGUGUUAAAACAUCUGGAGAGAUACAGAUGUAACCUUAUUAUCCUGUUUCCUGACGCACGCUACUGUUAGUGACAUGAUGGAUCUGGACAGCGCGGAGUUAUUGUUCAGCUUGCGGAUCAUUAUGACAACACCAAGCUAAAGCUAAUGAACGUCCUCGCGACCCGGUAGGAAUUCUUCCACGACCCGGUGGUUUGGGACCUCUGAGCUAAGGUGCAGUUGAGCACAUGCGGAAGCGCAAGCCUCUUGUUUCAGGCAGCCGAAGUGAAGAGAGGAUGUUUUGCUCCGCUAACAUGAGGAGAGCCGUCAGACAGUGGCAUUGUCAACCCAGCAGAAAGCUGCUUAUUCCUCUUCUGAGCUUGGUACUGAUUUCGCUGGCUCUUUUGAAACUGCCUGUCUUUCACUCGGACCCAAAGCCUGUGGAGGUGCCAGUAGAUCCCGUCUAUAGAAAGCUUGUCCAGUCCUAUGUCCAAAACAUACUAGCCCAAGAAUGCAGACCUUCUUUUGCCCGACAUAGAAUGGAAGUUGAACAUCACAUCUCCACACCAGUGCUAGAGCCCUUCUUGGACAAGAACACUCAUCUGAAUGAACAAAUAUUCCAAUAUCCCUCACCGUUUGGUUUCCUGGACAUGAAGAACGAGCUUCAGGAGAUCCUGGACCUCCUACCAGCCUCUUCUGAGGAAAGACGUGGAGGAAGGGACUGUCGUCGAUGUCUAGUGAUUGGAAAUGGAGGGAUACUGAAAGGACUAGGACUCGGACCUCUUUUUAACCAGUUUGAUCCCAUCAUCAGAUUGAACAGCGGUCCUGUGCGAGGUUUCAGUGCAGACGUUGGGAACCGCACCUCCAUCAGGAUGAGUUAUCCUGAAGGCUCCCCGAAGGUCUGGGAAGACAUGGAUUCAGAUCUCAGAUUUGUGGCUGUGAUCUAUAAGCCUGUCGACUUCCACUGGCUUCGUGCAAUGAUUACCAAGACGUCCGUUUCGCUGUGGGACUGGCUGUUUUUCUGGCAGAAUGUGCCGGUGAGUCUCCCGCUCAAGGCCUCCCAGUUCCGUCUGCUGAAUCCAGAGAUUAUUAGAGAGACCGCUUUGGAUCUGCUUCACUAUCCCAGUGUUAGAGAGCGCCUCUGGGGCUGGGACCAGAAUGUCCCUACUUUAGGAGUGUCUGCGCUCAAUCUGGCAACAUACCUGUGUGAUGAGGUGAGCUUAGCAGGCUUUGGCUAUAACCUCAGCCAGACAGACGCUCCUCUCCAUUACUACGAUGACAGACUCAUGACAUCCAUGCUAAAGGAAGCCAUGCAUGACGUUCAGACCGAGACUGAUUUCCUCAAGCGCCUGGUAACGUCCGGCAGUAUUACUGACCUCACGGGAGGAAUCCACUGCAACUUCUGUUCAAGAUGACUGUCUUCUGCUGAGGGACAGACUCUCACAGUGGCACGUGUGAGGAAGAAUUCAAAAGUGAGGGAAUAACUGAAAACAAUCACUGACACACUGCUGAGUAUUUUACCAUGUUUAAAGCUGUGAUACUGAUGCUCUGACUGUUCUGAUUUUUAUCAAAUAUCACAAAAAUAUUGAAGUUUUAGAUUAAACUUUUAAUUUUCAUUUUUAGUGUCUUUUGUUUUAAAAAGCUAUUUUGCCAAAGUAAAAUAUAUUAUUUAAAGCAGUUUGGUACAAAAUCAAUGCCCCUUUUUUGUUUGAGAAUGUUUAUAUUAAGCAAUAAAAUGUAGGCAGAUUCUAGUUGUCUGAACUUGCAAAAUAUUAUAAUUUGUAAUUUUAAUUAUGCAUAUUUUUUGUUAAUGUUAUCUGUGUUAUCUAUAUUUUGUUAUCAGUGCAAUAACUGUACUUUUCCAAUAGAUGGAGCUGUUGUUGUAGUAAAUACACUGAACAGACUAGUAAACGUCUAGUAAAGAGAAA